GGGUAUUUUGUGUUGUUUUAGCCACGCACGUAUCAGCUUGAUGGACACGGAAACGUUAAUAUCUGUCCUGAAAACAUGCAUCACUUCGAAGUCACUGAAACAAGGCAUGAUUCUCCACCAAAAGAUAAUCACUUUUGGCCUCCGAAACAAUAUCUCUUUGUGCAAACAUCUCAUCAACCUCUACUUCUCUUGCCAUUUAUUUGAAUCUGCACGCCGAGUUUUCCAAACUAUAGAAAACCCAUUAGACAUUUCUCUAUGGAAUGGCUUCAUGGCAGCUUACACUAGGAAUCAAAUGCACAGUGAAGCUCUUGAGCUUUUUGAGAGGUUGCAGCUCUUCCCUUAUCUCAAACCCGACAAUUACACUUACCCAAGUGCUCUGAAGGCUUGCAGUGGAUUGGCAAGACUUGAGAUAGGGAAAAAGAUUCAUACCCAUGUGAUCAAAACUGGUUGUGAAUCUGAUGUUGUUGUUGCAAGCUCCUUGGUGGGUAUGUACGCAAAAUGCAACUUGUUUCACUCAGCGAUUCAUCUGUUCAAUGAAAUGCCUGAAAGAGAUGUAGCCUGUUGGAAUACUCUGAUUUCUUAUUAUUAUCAAAAUGGGCAAUCUGAGAAAGCUCUGGAAUUGUUUGAAAAGAUGAAGAGUUCUGCUUUCCAGCCUGAUUCAGUAACAUUCACAACUGUUUUCUCUGCGUGUGCAAGGCUUCUAGAUUUGGAAAGAGGGAGGGCAAUUCAUGGGGAACUGACAAGAAUGGGUUUCAAACUGGAUGGAUAUGUUAGUUCUGCUCUUGUGGACAUGUACGGAAAAUGUGGUUGUCUAGAAAUGGCUAGAGAGGUCUUCGAACAGAUUCCAAACAAAAGUGUGGUCUCUUGGAACUCGAUGAUUGCGGGAUACAGUCUAAAUGGUAAUAGUUAUGCUUGCCUCGAACUUUUUAAGAGAAUGGGUGAGGAAGGUGUGAAACCCACUUCAACUACUUUAAGUAGCUUGUUAAUAGCUUGUUCUAGAUCUUCCCAGCUACAAAAGGGAAAGUUCAUUCAUGGAUAUAUAAUUAGAAAUAUGGUAGAAUGUGAUGUCUUCGUUAACAGCUCACUUAUUGAUCUUUAUUUCAAAUGUGGAAGUGUUUUUUCAGCUGAGUAUGCAUUCAAGAAGAUACCCAAGACAAAUGUAGUUUCUUGGAAUGUGAUGAUCUCAGGAUAUGUGAUGGUUGGAAAUUAUUUCGAGGCGCUUAGAAUCUUCUAUGAUAUGAAAAUUGCUGGUGUGAGACCGGAUCCCAUUACAUUCACUAGUGUUUUACCUGCUUGUUCACAGCUUGCUGCUUUAGAACAGGGGAGGGAGAUCCACAAUUACAUCAUCGAAAAUGAGUUUGAAUUGAAUGAAGUGGUCAUGGGUGCUCUCCUUGACAUGUACGCAAAAUGCGGGGCCGUGGAUGAAGCAUGCCAAGUCUUUGAUCAGUUACCAGUGAGAGAUUUUGUAUCAUGGACUUCCAUGAUAACUGCUUAUGGGUCUCAUGGUCAAGCGGUAGAAGCAUUGGAGCUUUUUCAUAAGAUGCUGCAAUCCAAUGCAAAACCAGACAGAGUUACCUUCCUUGCUGUAUUAUCAGCAUGUAGCCAUGCGGGAUUGGUAGAUGAGGGAUGUUUUUAUUUCGAUCAAAUGACAACUGACUAUGGGAUUAAACCCAUGUUGGAACAUUACUCAUGCUUAAUUGAUCUCCUUGGACGUGCUGGAAGAUUGCGUGAAGCUUACAGAAUCCUUCAGAAUACACCAACAGUACGAGGAGAUGUUGGAUUACUUAGUACAUUGUUUUCUGCAUGUAACAUGCAUAAGGAUUUAAAUUUAGGAGAAGAGAUUGCAAGCUUUCUCAUUGAGAAGGUUCCUGAUGAUCCAUCAACAUACAUAGUUCUAUCCAACAUGUAUGCUUCCGUAGGAAAAUGGGAAAAUGUACGCAAGUUGAGGUUAAAAAUGAAAGAGUUAGGUUUGAAGAAGAACCCAGGCUGUAGCUGGAUUGAGGUUGACAAGAUUAUCUAUCCCUUCUUUGUUGAAGAUAAAUCACAUCCACAGGCAGAGAUGCUAUUCAAUUGUCUAGCAAAUCUUGCCAGACACAUGGAGAAGAAUGAGUUAAUAAUAUCUUAGUGAGAAUGCGAAGGACAAUGGAUCAGAAUGCCA